GACCACUUCCUCUUUCUUCACUCUGCAGCCAGUAGCAGGCCUGCCAAGCCCUCAGGAAAGAUGGGAGCAGAGUCCAGAAUGUCCUAACCGACUGUGUCCCCAGGCCAGGGUGGCUGAGUGUGCUGGCUCGAGGCCUCCCUCUCUGCUUCAGCAUAGCUGAGGGACACCCUGCACGAUGGAGUCUGCGGGUGAGGAGCAGCUGGCGUCCGUGUGCAACCUGGUGGCUGUACUUGAGAACAGCAGGAAUCCAGGAGCACCAUCCAAAGCCCACUGGCUGGAGGACACACAUCACAGUCCUGAGCACAGACCUCCUGGGUCCCCAGGGCCAUGGGAGUUGCCCCACGGUGGGGAGGCCCUGGGGUCUGGACCCAGGACAGUCAGCAGGCAGUAUCUCAGCUCUCUGAAGAACAAAUUGUCUAGUGGGGCCUGGAGGAAGUCCUGUCAGCUUGGGGCCCAUCCGGGGCCAGAGACACAGGAGCCUGAGAAGAGGAUCGUCCAGGAGCUUCUGGAAACAGAGCAGGCCUACGUGGCGCGUCUGCACCUGCUGGACCAGGUGUUCUUCCAGGAGCUGCUGAGGGAGGCCCGCAGCAGCAAGGCCUUCCCCGAGGACGUGGUCAGACUCAUCUUCUCCAACCUCUCCUCCAUCUACCAGUUCCACUCCCAGUUCUUCCUCCCAGAGCUACAGCGGCGCCUGGAGGACUGGACAGCCACACCCCGCAUUGGGGAUGUGAUCCAGAAACUGGCCCCGUUCCUGAAGAUGUACAGUGAGUACGUCAAGAACUUUGAGCGGGCUGCCGAGCUGCUGGCUGCCUGGACUGACAAGUCUCCACCUUUUCAGGAGGUGAUCGCCCGCAUCCAGAGCAGCGAGGCCUCAGGCAGCCUGACCCUACAGCACCAUAUGCUCGAGCCUGUGCAGAGAAUCCCUCGCUAUGAGCUGCUGCUCAAGGAAUACGUCCAGAAGCUGCCAGCCCAGGCUCCGGAUCGGGCAGAUGCCCAGAAAGCGCUCGACAUGAUCUUCUCCGCCGCUCAGCACUCAAACGCAGCCAUCAAGGAGAUGGAGCGGCUGCAGGACCUGUGGGAGGUGUACCAGCGCCUGGGCCUGGAGGCCAACAUAGUGGACCCCUCCAACACACUGCUCCGCGAGGGCCCCGUGCUCAAGAUAUCCUUCCGCCGCAGCGACCCCAUAGAGCGGUACCUUUUCUUGUUCAACAACAUGCUGCUGUACUGUGUGCCCAGGGUCAUUCAGAUGGGCGCGCGCUUCCAGGUGCGGACCCGCAUCGAUGUGGCCGGCAUGAAGGUGCGUGAGUUGACUGACGCCGAGUUCCCACACUCCUUCCUGGUGUCAGGGAAGCAGCGCACGCUGGAGCUGCAGGCCAGGUCCCAGGAGGAAAUGAUUUCCUGGAUGCAGGCCUGCCAGGCAGCCAUCGACCAGAUCGAGAAGCGGAAUGAAACCUUCAAGGCUGCAGCCCAGGGGCCUGAGGGAGACGUGCAGGAGCAGGAGCUGCAGUCCGAGGAGUUGGGCCUCCGGGCCCCGCAGUGGGUUCGCGACAAGAUGGUGACCAUGUGUAUGCGUUGCCAGGAGACCUUCAACGCCCUGACCCGCCGUCGCCACCACUGCCGGGCCUGUGGCUAUGUGGUCUGUGCCAGGUGCUCUGACUACCGUGCCGAGCUGAAAUAUGAUGACAACAGAACCAACCGUGUCUGCCUCACCUGCUACACAUUCCUCACGGGAAGUGUUCUCCCCGAGGACAAGGAGGACAAGAGGAGGGGCAUCCUGGAGAAGGGGGCCUCCGCGGGGCCUGACCAGAGUCUGCUGUGCAGCUUCCUGCAGCUGACUGGUGACAAGUGGGGCAAGAGUGGCGCCCGGGGCUGGUGUGUGAUCCCCCGUGAUGACCCCCUGGUGCUCUACAUCUAUGGUGCCCCUCAGGACACGCGGGCCUACACCUCCAUCCCCCUGCUGGGUUACCAAGUGACUUCUGGGACCCAGGGGGACUCACGGGUCUUCCAGCUGCAGCAGUCGGGCCAGCUCUACACCUUUAAGGCAGAGACGGAGGAGCUGAGGGGCCGCUGGGUGAAGGCUGUGGAGCGGGCAGCCAGUGGCUGGAUCCCCGGGGAGCCGGACCUCGGGGACCUGUCAGACUGAGCCAUGCCAGCUGCUUACUCAUCCCCUGUUACUCAGCCCCUUCCUCUGGGACCGAUGUGAUUCCAGUCAACUGGGUUUGGAGCAAGCCAGGAUUUUAGGGGAAAUAAAUAGGGACUGAUUGUUUUAAACUCUGAGUGAAUGGUGUGUGAGUGAGUGGCUUGACUCGCUGGCAUUUCAAGCUCGAAUCUGUGGCUCCACUGCUGGGCACCCUUAAGGUCCCCUGAAGCCUACGGAGUCUGAGUCAGCUCAUCCUGCGAUUUAUGGUCUAUGGUGGGAUUGGGCUAGCACCUGAUCGUAAGUCACCCUGUCGGGCUGAACCCACUAUGGCUAAGUCACACUCAACCUCAUUGUUUGGAGUUGUAACCAGGUGAGCGUCUGUGUGGCCUCACUGGGAGGC